CACUUCGUGCAACAGGUAUAUUCAGCCGCCCACUUCCCGCCAAACCCCCAAAACCCUAGCUCUUGUUCGUUAUAAACCCUAGUUUUCCUCCCUCAAACCCGCUCACCUUUCUCGGGACCCAAACACAACGCUGCAGACGACCACGAACCCUAACCCUGCCAUGGACCCCGAGAACGUGAAGUCAAACCUAGUUUUGAUUCUCGAUUACGGCUCGCAAUACACACAUCUCAUCACUCGCCGAAUCCGAAGCCUAUCGGUCUUCUCUCUGUGCAUCUCCGGCACAUCGUCGCUGAAAUCCAUUGUCGACCUCAAGCCGCGUGUCAUCAUCCUGUCUGGCGGCCCCCACUCCGUUCACUCGCCGAACUCGCCGAGCUUCCCUGACGGCUUCGUCGACUACGUGGAGUCGAACGGCGUGUUCGUGCUUGGCAUUUGCUAUGGGCUGCAGUUGCUUGUGCAAAGGUUGGGUGGAGUUGUUAGGGUUGGGGAGAGGCAGGAGUAUGGGAGGAUGGAGAUUGAGGUCGUGAGGGCUUGUGGGUUGUUCGGGUCCAAGGAAGUCGGCCAUAAGCAGACUGUAUGGAUGAGUCAUGGCGACGAGGCCGCAGAAUUGCCAGAGGGGUUUGAGGUGGUGGCGCGCAGCCAGCAGGGGGCAGUGGCUGCGGUUGAGAAUAGGGAGCGGAGGUUUUACGGCCUUCAGUAUCAUCCGGAGGUGACACAUUCCCCAGAAGGUAUGGAAACACUGCGGUAUUUCCUCUUUGAUGUAUGUCGAGUUGAUGCAGGAUGGAAUAUGGAAGAUGUCCUUAAUGAGGAAAUUAAAUUGAUCAAAGGCAUGGUUGCGCCUGAUGAUCAUGUCAUCUGCGCGUUAUCUGGGGGUGUGGAUUCCACAGUUGCAGCUACUCUUGUUCACAAGGCAAUCGGAGAUAGGCUUCACUGUGUAUUUGUUGACAAUGGUUUAUUGAGGUAUAAGGAGAGAGAGCGUGUGAUGGAAACCUUUGAAAGGGAUCUUCAUUUGCCUGUUACUUGUGUUGAUGCCACAGAUCAAUUCCUUAGUAAGCUGAAAGGUGUAGUAGAUCCUGAGAUGAAAAGGAAAAUUAUCGGAAAGGAGUUCAUCUCCAGCUUUGAUGCAUUUGGCCUAGAUUUGGAACGUAAAUUUGGAAAGAAACCUGUUUACUUGGUCCAAGGAACAUUGUACCCUGAUGUGAUUGAAUCUUGCCCACCACCUGGAAGUGGAAGAACACACUCCCACACAAUCAAGAGCCAUCAUAAUGUUGGAGGGCUUCCCAAGGAUAUGAAAUUGAAGCUUAUUGAACCACUUAAACUUCUGUUUAAGGAUGAGGUUCGUGAACUUGGGAGGAUCUUGAAUGUUCCUCGGGCAUUUCUACAGCGUCAUCCGUUCCCUGGGCCUGGUCUUGCCGUGCGAGUUUUGGGGGAUGUUACAGAAGGAAAUGCCUUGGAUAUUCUACGCCAGGUUGACGAGAUUUUUAUUCAGUCAAUCAAGGAUGCUGGGAUUUAUGAUUCUAUUUGGCAAGCUUUUGCAGUGUUUUUGCCAAUAAGGUCGGUUGGGGUUCAAGGUGAUCAAAGAACACAUUCUCAUGUUGUUGCUCUCAGAGCUGUUACUAGUCAAGAUGGAAUGACAGCAGACUGGUACAAUUUUGAGCACAAGUUCCUUGAUGAUGUGGCAAGAAAAAUUUGCAAUAGUGUUCGAGGUGUAAACCGAGUCGUUCAAGACAUUACAUCAAAGCCUCCAUCAACAAUUGAGUGGGAAUGAAGCCAUGUCGGAGGUUGAUGGUUAGAUGGAAAUCGAGUAAGGAACUCUAUGGCCUUAUACAAGUGCAGGUUUUUAAUCAAUUUUAGUUACUGUUAGUGGUUGCCUUCCCAUGACAUGAAAUACAGUUAAGCUCGGCGGGAAGAGAAUUGAGCCAUGUGGAAUUUCACUUUAUUUAAUGCUUGAGAUUGGUGCUCUUAGCACUAUUUCCUAGCUCUCACAAGGUCAUGAUUCUUUGUAUGGACAAUUCCACAAACCCUUUUGUGGAAACUUGCAAUGAUAAAUUAUUAUUCUACCUUUGAUGCUUUGAUGUAUCAAGGAAUUUUUA